AUGCCGACAGAUCCCUUAUUGCCGGAAGGUCGCAACUUCCCUCGUACGAGAUCUCCGGAUGCUGCCGAACGCGACAGAAAGCGCAGAAGGAAGGUCCUAUCCUGUUACGAUUGCCGUAGAAGGAAGCUACAGUGCGACCGUGCACUGCCCGCGUGUAGUCGCUGCACGAAGGCUGGCCAGGCCGCUAACUGUCUGUACCUCGAGGAUGCCGCUGACAUCCCACUGAGGGAGGAGCCUCAGAUCACGCCUACUGACAGAGCGGGAAAACAGCCGGCGUUCUAUGGCCACUCCAGCAGACCAAUUGGAGCAUCUGUCGGAGCGAUUGGCGACCUGUUGUCCAGGCUUGAAUUCCAAGAUGGCCGUAUCAAGCAGCUGGAAGCCGCUUUGGCCGCUGCAGGGGGCAGCGUUAAGCCUCGAAUGCCACCAACGCCAGACUCCUUCGUUGGCGGUUCCGAUCCUGUGGCACCCAUUGUAGACCGAGAAACGACAUUGCUACGAGGACGAUCGUUCAAGACUCAAUUCCACGGGAACACGCAUCCUGGUGCCUUGAUCGCCCGCAUACCGGAACUCCACGGCUUCACGAGAGAAACUUUCGAGCAAUUCCCUGCACUAUCGAGAAUCAAGGAAGACAUGAGCUCGCUAGAGAACAGGACAAACUAUGCUGGCGCAAAGCACGGAGCGGUCACGGACGAUGAACUGAGAGCACUGCUUCCCCCGAAAGACGCGGCCGACGUCUUGGUCGAGAUAUACAUUGACAACUUUGGCGCACUAUACCACAUCGUACAUCUGCCGUCCUUUUGGGAAGAGUACAACAACAUGUGGUCGGAGAUUCAGACUACCAAGGCUCAUUUUGUCGCACUCGUGCUGGUCAUGAUGUCGGCAGCGCAGUGCCUCACAACAGCACAACCCUGGGUAUAUCGUGCAAACAGCUCGACCGCACGCGAGAAAGCGAUAGCGUGGAUAGUGGCUGUCGAUGACUGGCUUAUCGAACAGAGUCAGAAGCAUGUCGAAGCUCUGGACUUCCAGAUCCGGGUUCUGCUGCAACUAGCGAAACAAGUGGUGGGAAGGAAGUUCAAGCGGACUUGGACAGACAUAGGCCAUGUCAUCAGAUUCUGUAUGGCAGCCGGCCUUCACAGGACACCUGAUCUGAUCAGGAAGCCAACCUCAAUUCUGGACAAGGAGCUGCGAAAACGUGUCUGGGCGGCGGCCACGGAGCUAGAUCUACAGGCAUCGUUCGAUCGUGGUAUGGUGUCAUCUCCAUGGCCAUCCCAAAGCGACUGCCCUGCGCCUGCGCACAUCGCCGACGACGACCUCGAUCAGGAGACAUCACACAUGCCCGCUUUACGUCGGGCCAGCGACUUUACCCACGUCUCGUAUCUCUCCCUCUCCAGCGAGUCGAUCAUGCUGCGUCAAUCCCUCAACACCUACCUAAACAACAUCCGCCAACCAGUCCACUUCGACGAGUCAAAACGCUACACUGAAGAGAUCGAAUCCUGUCUCCAAUCCCUUCCCGAAUGGAUCGGCUCCUCCUCGGCGAUCUCCUACACCAUGCUCUCCCUCAACCUCCGCCAGUACCUCCUCGUUCUCCACGACCGCCAACUUCGAAUCGCUGAAUCGAAAGCGGAGCGUGACUUCUCCCGCAUGAUCUUGAUCGAAACAGCGACCAAGAUGCUCGAGCAACAUCAAGCACUAACAGACAAGGGCAUCUACGCCCUCGAACUCCUCUGCUACGAUCAGCUCCGUGCAGCGCUCUCGCUCUGUCACAUCGCAUCUCUCAACCCACAAGCCGACGAUGCGCUCAGUAGAGCUAUUGAUGAUACUGCCACCCGUCUCAUUCCGGCUGCGAUAGAUAUGCUCACGGACAAGGUUAUCCGCUUCGGCCGUGAGCAGCGUCAGCUUUGGAUUCUGUUGGCGGCUAACGGUUUCAUGAAGAGCAAGAAGAACCCGAGCAACAGACUCGUCUACAUGCAAGAAGCCGUCGACAAAAUCACGCGACCCUACUACAAAAUCAUGGCCUGUCAAGAAGACGCACCGGUGCGAACGUCAGCACCUGCCGGCGCCGAAGGAAGUGGGACGAGAGAAUUGUUACAUGGCAUGUCAGAGUACUAUCCACCGACUCGCGUGAGCAAUGCUACGCAUACAGGCGCUGGAGCUGGAACUGCAGCCGGUGAAUUCCCCGUCACGGACACUGCGCCGCUCCUUGAUCUCGAUGAGAUCGCUGCGUGGACUUUCGAAGAUUGGUCUUUCAAUCCUGCUGAUCUAGCGGCGGCGUUCCCUGAGGCUACGUACCCACACACGGGGAAUACGCCGUUUCCUUCGGGCAGCGGUGCUUAUCCUCCGACUUGA